CAGCAGCUUUCUCUGAGUGAAGCCUCGAAAGGCGGCAGAAGGGGACACCAGGAGACAAGGGGCUUCGUGAGUGGGGUAGUCGGACAUAUCAGACGUGAGUCUAACUGUCAGGAUUCUAAACUACACGUGGGACCGCACUUUAUCUCACUGGCGCGUGUGUAGGUGCGUCUGUACACUCGUACUCUGCCAUCGCUAGCAUUUGGUGUGGCUAACAACCUUCUACUCAUAAGGACAUGGCGGAGGCACAACUACAGAAGCUAAAGCAAGAGCUGGAAACUGUAAGGCAUGAGUUCUACCAGUUCCAAAUGAGAGCUGAUGCGGAGAAGAAGUCUGUGGAGCGCCAACUGGCCAAGGCUAAGCAAGACAUCAGUACCAUCCAGGUCCACUCUAAAUCCCAGAGUCAGCGGGUGCAAGCCUUACAAGACACUGUACAGGAUAAGGACCACCGUCUGGCAAGUCUAAAGAAGGAAAACGUACACACACAACAGUUUGUUGAGGAGCAGCAGGGAAUAAUUGCCCAACAGCAGAGAGAUAUCGAGGCCCUCAGGAAUGAGAAAAAGGAGCUACUCAGUGAUGUGGAUGCUGCUAGAGCCACCGCUGCCUGUUACCAGGAGGACUUUGAAAGAGAACGGAGUGAUAGAGCCAAGGCUGCAGGGAAGAUAGACUCUCUGGAGAGAACUGCAGUGGAGAGUGCUCGCAGUCUGGCCGACAAGUUUCAGGAUGAAUCCUCUCACUUGCGGGGGAAGCUGGAGCAGGCAUGGAGGAUCUUAAGGUGAAGACUGCUCAGAUCAAGAACUACAAGAAGCAGGUGGACGGUCUGCAAGCAGAUCUAAAGAAGUCCCAGCAGACUGUUGAAUCUUUACUGAGAGACCAAGAGGAAGUGAACAAGAGACACCAGAACGAGGUGGAACGGCUCAAGCUAGAGUUGAAAGAGGCUAAACAACGCAUCAAAUCGCUGCAGGAGGAAGAUGAAAUGGUGAUGGUCGAAUCUGUUCCAUUAGCUGACUCAACUGAUGCAGACUCUGCCCCUAAAUCCUCAAAGAUAAAGUUUUUUGGAAAGAAGUUUUCGAAGACAAAGGAAGAGCAGGCCCGGGCCAAAGCAGAGGAAAAGGGCAGAAUGAAGGCAAAGAAACUGGAGCGAGAGAAGACAAUGAGAGAGACAAAGAGAAGGCGAAAGGUAGACAUGGAAAAGAUGGACGAAGCAAAGUUGAAGGAAUAUCUUGGAAGCCAAAUAAACCGUCUUGAACGUGAUAACAUGACACUACGGAACCAGAUGGAGUGUUUGGAGGCCACGUCCCAGUGUUUAGUGGAGAAAUUGAACCAAACUGAAGCAUCGGUUGUGAAGGGUACUAGGACGACAUCGUCUGCCACUCGAAAUGUCUAUGAACAAGUUCCUUCAGCUGAGAGCAGGAAACGCAGCAAAGGACAGGCCGGGGAAUCGAAACACAGAGGGAGUUCCAAAUCAUCUGCCAAGCAUCCUCCGCCUUCUUACACCCAGGACCUCAGUGCCCACGAGGGUGUCCACGAACGUAUCCAGCGUAGGAAAUCGUUCACCGAUGCUAACACAGAGUCAAAUCUGGACAUCAAAGGUCCAAGACCGUUCACUAGUGACCCUCGACUGUACUCCAAAAAUGAAGACUAUGUCAAUUUGCCACCUGGUACCUCCAAAUCCAGACCAAAGGUUCUGUCCCCAGUGGAAACACCUCGCUCAAAGAAGAGCCCCAUACCAACUCCACGUUCUGUUAGUGUUGACCCAGGCAGAAGAGGAGGUGGUGGAGGUGGACUAGCUGCUCCAGACCCACAUCAACAGAGCCUUAGCAUGCCUCCCAUGCCAGUGAAAAGAGAAGAGGAUGAAGAGGAUAUCUCUCACGGGCUUGAAGAUGACAUUCACAGCAGGGCCCGGGAGGUUGUGGAGACAGGGAGUGACGAACCGACAUACGCACUCACUUCCAUACCAUUCGACCCGUUUCUGGAGUGCCUCUACUGCAACCGAAAGUUCAGAUACGGAGAAAUUCAGAAGUACCGCAAGCAUGUUAAUAACUGUACAGGGAGUAGUGCAGUUUAGAUGAUGUUCUUUUAUCUAUGCGCAUGCACGCG